AUGGAUAUUAAGUUUAUUCAUGUACUCAUUUGUAUGGUGACGUUGUUCUUUCUGACGAGAUGGACUUCUUUCCCUGUACUACCGAGUAGUGGCAGUGCAUUCGACUCAUCAACAACAACAACAACAACAGAUAGCACUCAUUCUUUUACUGGUAUUUCAGGUGAAACAGUGAUCGGACACACUCAACGUCUCAUUGAAAUAGGAAACUCAAGAUUUGUCUAUGAGGAGAGUAGGUCGCUGGCACGCGAGUACAUCAAAGACGAGCUGGUCGAGCUUGGUGUGCCACCAGAACAGAUCAUUUGGAACCGAUUCGAAUGGACCGAGCGACAUGCCGUCGGAAAGAACAUCACCACCACCACCUGGACCGGAAUCAAUAUAAUCGUAUGGUCAAACAGCACACCGAUCAUUUCGCAUCCGAUUCGCGCCAUCGGAGCGCACUACGACACUGUCCACUGGGGACUGAAUCGCACUGCUGGCGCACACGACAACCUCGCUGGAACAAGCUUACUAAUCGAACUGAUAGGUCAAUUCUUCAAGUUAAAACAACAACAACAACAACAGCAACAGCAACAGGAACAGGAACUGGAUCAGGAUCAACAACUUGAAGUACCUUAUAUGUUUGUUUUCUUUGAUCAAGAGGAACCGGGUGCACUCGGAUCAAAGUCGUUUGUAGACCAUUCACGUCUAGCAAAGAAUCCAAAGCAAUUCGCCUAUUUUAUCAAUGUCGAUGCCGUGGGACACAGGCUGGCGGGUAUUCCCAUCUUGCAGACCUAUCCGUAUGAGCAUAAAGGUCGCACUCGUUUCUCUCCGCGUUGGCUUGUCGACCAUGCAAUAGUGGCGUCGUAUCGCGUGCUACCAGAACAGGGUGGACUGACAGUUGGUAGUUCACACUUUGGAAUGUCGCUACUCUACCAGGCACACCGUUAUCAUCUGCUAUCGGUUCCUUUCCUCAGCGACGACGGUCCCUUUUCAUGGGCGUCGGUCCCGACCAUCAUGAUCACCGAUUUUGAUGCAUUCUACGGACACAAUCCCGACUAUCAUCAGAUAACAGAUCAACCCUCGAUUUUGGAUGCAGAUUCUCUGGAGGACACCGGAAAGAUCAUAUUGGAAUUGCUGCUUUCGACGGUUAGCGACCAGUCGUUACCAUCGUCGUUGGUGCCAACCGAGGUAGUCACUGCUACGCGAUCCAACAAGCCAUACGACAUCAAGCAGAAUCCACUCAUUAGAUUUACACUGGGAAUGCUAUCGUCAUGCUUUGAAAAUAUAUUCUCUGGCAAUCAACAAUAUCUAGCGGUCGGACCAAUUACACUUGGUUAUUUCGAAAUAUUAUCAUUAGUAAUGAUAAUGAUUUCAUAUAUUUAUUUCCAUUCAUUCCAAGUAUAUAGAAAUAUUGUAUUGUUGGCUGAAGAAACUGCCAAUAAUCAGAGUAAGAGUAGAAUAUCAAAGUCGUUAGAGACAACAACAACGACAACGACAAAGAGAUCAUCGGCAUCCUCAAAUUCAGAUAGAGAUAGCAGUGUCGAUUCCGAUGACAAAGAAGUAUUCACACCACCUCACUACAAGCGUAACAAUCUUGGACGUGUAGAUAGCGCCGGAAGCAACGACGAUUUAGAUGAAAGCACUAACUACACUAACAAUGGUAGUAGAUUUAAUAAUAGUAAAUCAAACACAGUAGCAACUACCACAAAAACAUCAUUCCGUGGAUAUCGAAUAUUAUUUUUCCAUCUCUUAACUUUAGCGCUCAUUUCACUAUCGGACACUGUCUAUACUUUCCAACUACUCACAUUAUCAUUUAUCUCGUUGGCUACCAUACAUAUUCACAAUGGCAAUAUUAAUUUAAUCACUGGAUUCAUCUCUGGUAAAAAAGGAACUGGUGCUCAAGAACUAAGCUUAGGAAUACUUUUAGCUAUUUAUAUUGCACACUCGAUUCUCAUUGUAAUUUAUGGAUAUGACUUUAACAGAAAACUACGAUCUAAAUCAACCGAUUAA